CUCUCAAUAUCCAUUUCCCCCACAGAUCCUGAACCCGUUGAAGCCCUAAUUCAUCUGAAUCAGAAGCCAUGAGCCGUGGAAGUGGAGGAGGAUACGAUCGUCACAUUACUAUAUUCUCACCCGAGGGCCGCCUAUUUCAAGUCGAGUAUGCGUUCAAGGCUGUGAAAUCUGCUGGAAUUACCUCGAUUGGUGUCAAAGGAAAGGAUUCGGUUUGUGUUGUGACUCAGAAGAAGGUCCCGGAUAAACUUUUGGAUCAGACAAGUGUCACUCACCUUUUCUCCAUCACUAAGUAUCUGGGCUUGCUCGCAACUGGCAUUACAGCUGAUGCCAGAUCACUGGUUCAACAAGCAAGGAAUGAAGCAGCAGAGUUUCGAUUCCGAUAUGGCUAUGAGAUGCCUGUGGAUGUAUUGGCUAAAUGGAUUGCUGAUAAAUCACAAGUCUAUACCCAGCAUGCUUAUAUGAGACCACUUGGAGUUGUGGCAAUGGUUUUGGGGAUUGAUGAUGAGUUUGGACCUCGCCUCUAUAAAUGUGAUCCUGCCGGUCAUUUUUUUGGUCACAAGGCCACUAGUGCUGGACUUAAGGAGCAGGAGGCUAUUAAUUUCUUGGAAAAGAAAAUGAAGAAUGAUCCUGCUUUUACUUAUGAGGAGACAGUGCAGACUGCAAUUUCUGCACUUCAAUCAGUGCUGCAAGAAGAUUUCAAGGCCAAUGAGAUCGAGGUGGGAGUGGUUCGGGUGGAGAAUCCCAUCUUCAGAGUACUAAGUACUGAAGAAGUCGAUGAGCAUUUGACUGCCAUCAGCGAGCGAGAUUGAUUGACGCAAACCUCUCUGGAGAAGCAUAUUGAGAACGUCUAACGACUUCGUUUCAGAUGUCGGUUAUCGCCGAGUUGCGUGCUUUAUAUAUGCAAGUCCUUGAGGUAGUAGUUGUACUUGCUUCUGAAUUGCUGUAGACGGUGACAUUCCCAUUUUACUUAAAACACUACAUCAAAAACAGUCAUCUUUAGAAUUUGUAUCUCAGAGAAACUCAUCAUGUUACAUUAUUUAACUCCCAAUUCCUGUGGCUAUAUAACAUGAUGGUAAGUAGAUUAUGAACCC